UCUUGGUAGUCGUUUGGUCACUGUUAUUCAAGCUACUCGGAAUGCACGAUUCACACUGUGAAGAGGAGUGGGCUGAAAAUUAAGUUUGAGACUCGAUCGGAGGGUGCGGGCUUGCAGCGACAGAAAUAUGGCUCUAAUGAUGGGGCUUCUGUCGGCCGCGGCCUCGCCUAUGCGGCUUAGUGUAAGGUCGUUGGGACGCUACUCCAUGGUCACAACUCGGUGUCUGACAGCUCGAGGGUACAGUGUCACUACAGUCAACAGAAUCUCAUCGAAUUACUCCAGACCCUUGUCAUAUUAUGCUAACAUCCACCUGAACCACCGACUCCGAUACUCAGCUGAGUCGCCUAAAAAUGAAAAUCCAAAAGACUCAGAGCCUUCCAGCAGUGCUGGAGGUCGCUCAGGAGGUGCAGCUGGAGGUGGAGCUGGAGGUGGAGGUGGAGUUGGAGGUGGAGGUGGAGGUGGGAAAAAAGGGAAUAAAUAUUGGUGGAGCCGAAUGAAAAAGGGAGAUUUCCCAUUUGAAGAGAAGGAGUUCCAGUACACAUUUCUUGUUUUGUCUGGAUUGUCUGCCCUCUUUGUCUAUUUAACUUUGAGAGACAAAGGGGAUGAGAUCACCUGGAAGGACUUUGUCCAUCAGUAUCUGGACAGAGGAUUGGUGGAUCGUUUGGAGGUGGUCAACAAGCAGUAUGUGCGAGUUAUUUUAGUUCCCAGAGCAGACGCUGGAGAUGGGAGUUACGUAUGGUUCAACAUUGGCAGUGUGGACACAUUUGAAAGGAACCUUGAGACGGCGCAGCUGGAGCUUGGACUGGAGCCUUCCCGCAGGGUACCAGUGGUCUACAGCUCUGAGAGCGAUGGGAGCUUCGUCAUGAGCAUCGUUCCUACGAUGCUCUUGAUUGCCUUCCUGCUCUUCACGCUCCGACGGGGGCCAAUGGCAGGGGGAGGAGGCGGCGGAAGGGGCGGGCUGUUCAGCAUGAGCCAAUCCAAUGCCAAGAUGAUGAAGGACAACAUAGAGACAAAGUUCAAGGAUGUGGCCGGCUGCGAGGAGGCCAAGUUGGAGAUCCUGGAGUUUGUGAACUUCCUGAAGAACCCCCAGCAAUACAAGGAUCUAGGGGCCAAAAUCCCAAAGGGUGCAGUGCUGUCUGGCCCGCCCGGCACUGGGAAGACUCUGCUGGCCAAGGCCACCGCAGGGGAGGCCAACGUCCCCUUCAUCACAGUCAACGGCUCGGAGUUCCUGGAGAUGUUUGUGGGUGUCGGGCCAGCCAGGGUGCGGGACAUGUUUGCCAUGGCUCGGAAGAACGCCCCCUGCAUCCUCUUCAUCGACGAGAUUGAUGCGGUGGGAAGGAAGAGAGGCGGUGGCAACUUUGGUGGGCAGAGUGAGCAGGAGAACACCCUCAACCAGCUGCUGGUGGAGAUGGAUGGCUUCAACACCAGCACCAAUGUGGUGGUCCUGGCGGGGACCAACAGACCAGACAUCCUGGACCCUGCACUGAUGAGGCCUGGCAGAUUUGACAGGCAGAUUUAUAUUGGUCCACCUGACAUCAAGGGCCGGGCGUCCAUCUUCAAGGUUCACCUGAGGCCUCUGAAACUGGAUCCCAGCAUGGACAAGGAUGCUCUGGCUCGGAGGAUGGCAGCAUCCACUCCCGGAUUUACAGGAGCUGAUAUCGCCAACGUUUGUAAUGAAGCUGCUUUAAUCGCUGCCCGCUAUCUGAAUGAGUCUGUCAAUGCAAAGCACUUUGAGCAGGCCAUCGACAGGGUGAUUGGAGGUCUGGAGAAGAAAACGCAGGUCCUGCAGCCCACAGAGAAGAAGACGGUGGCGUACCACGAGGCCGGCCAUGCCAUAGUGGGCUGGUUCCUGGAACACGCUGACCCCUUGCUCAAGGUGUCCAUCAUUCCCAGGGGGAAGGGUUUGGGUUACGCACAGUACCUGCCCAAGGAGCAGUACCUGUACACGCGCGAGCAGCUGUUCGACAGGAUGUGCAUGAUGCUGGGAGGGCGCGUGGCGGAGAAGGUGUUCUUCGGACGCAUUACCACGGGAGCUCAAGACGACCUGAAGAAGGUCACGCAGUCUGCCUACGCUCAGAUCGUGCAGUUUGGCAUGAGUGAGAAGGUGGGCCAGGUGUCGUUUGACCUGCCUCGGCAGGGCGAGAUGGUCAUGGAGAAGCCGUACAGCGAGGCCACGGCCGAGCUCAUCGACCAGGAGGUGCGCGACAUGGUGGACCAGGCCUACCAGCGUACCAUGGAGCUCAUCCUGGACAAGAAGGACUUGGUGGAGUUGGUGGGGAAGAGGCUGCUGGAGAAGGAGGUGCUGGAUAAGGCCGACAUGCUGGAGCUGCUGGGGGCGCGGCCGUUCGAGGAGCGCUCCACCUACGAGGAGUUUGUGGAGGGCACGGGCAGCUUCGAGGAGGACACCAGCCUGCCCGAGGGCCUGAAGGAGUGGAACAAGGAGCGCAGCGGCGACGUCGCCGAGGAGGAGCCCAGCAAGGAGAAGCAGGUGGCCUAACGGCCAGGAGGCGCCAUCCCCCACCGGCCUGUCUGCCUGUGUGUGUGUGUAGGGGGGGGGGGGGGGGGGGAUUCUCUUGGCUGCUCAGCUGGACAAUGCAAGGGUUUGGAUGGCCAAAUCUUUGCCCUCUCUGUAUUUAAAUGCAACUGUAGUUUUUGAUUUUACAGGUUUCAAAGCAAAAGACAUCUUCCGAGGCCUUAACAGCAGCGAUUUGGUGCCCUGUGUGGUGCUGUAGGCAAUGUGGCACCUGUGUGUUGUGUUCUCAGUUCUAGCCCAUGGUACAGGCUAAUGUACAGAAUGGAGAGGGCGAUGGCACUGUGAAGAAAGAGAGCUGUAGCUGUAGACUCAAUUGACAGCUAAGACGGCUGUUUCUCUAUUAAGGAGUGUAAUCACAUUGGAUAAGUAGUACCUUUUAUUUAUUGAUAUGUGAGAGUGUGGUAUAUCAAACCAAUUUUGUAUAAACCGCUGCUUAUAAAACAAUGAAGCAAAAGUUGAUCCAUCCAUGGAGGCAAAAGCCUCCCGAAGUCUUUCAGUGGUAGAGACGCCAGCACCUCGGCUGUAAUUGGAUUCAGAUGUGUAAAUUUAAUUUCUGGAGGAAUCCUGUGGGCACGAUGCUAACCAGCGCGGUUGUUUUCCUCGGCCUGGCAGAAACAGUGUUACGAGGGGGAGCUACUGUAUCUCGUACUUCAAAGCCUGGUUGGGAGGUACAGCAACUACCUCCAGUGCCCGGGGUUGAGUUGAGACACAAAGAGAGUUUUAUCCCUCCAUGUGUUCAAUAUGUCCGUGUUUCAACUCUCCCCCUCCCCCUUUCACCUCUUCUUUUAGCUCGCUUUUAUGAUGAUGUUAAUGGGAACAUUCCCUCUUUCUAGUGUCAGGAUAUUUAGGUGGAAUAAGCAGAGAAACCAGGUUGGGUGGUAAUGGAUUCUUCCCUCCCCCCCACUCCUUCACUCCCCUCCCUGUGUCUCUCUCACUGAGGAGGCGGAGGGAUCCCGGCUCAGCCCAGCACACAAGUAGGCCACACACUGGCACUGUCAUCCAUCACCGCCCUCACCCCACGAUCCCUGGCGCUCCUCGACCAGCCGCCAAACACCUCCUCCCCCCCCCCCCCCCCCCCCCCCCCUCCUCUAACUUUCAGGCCGCUGUUCAAGCUUAGCUCCUGACAGCAAGAGCCGUGCUCAAAAUAGCCCAAACGCUGUUGUACUCCCAACACAGCGAGCGACUAGGUUUUCCGAUGGUGGUAACAUUUCCACAUUGCCCUCGUAGACGGUGUCAGCACAAAAGUGUUCAGGGGGCUGCCUGGCUAAAGUGUGCCUGUAAGGGAUUUGUCUGCAGCUGGCCACGUUAGCUUCAGUGCCCCCACACUCAGACCAGUGCUAACUCAGGCUCCUCGUGCACCUUUACCGGAGCAUACCUCACAGAUAUUCGCCAGAUAUUGGGAUGGGUAUUUACAGAAUGGUAUUUUACUUUGAAAUGAGGAUGACUGAGUAUAUCAGGUUGGCAGUACCUUACCAAUGGCUGUUGAAAGCAGCGCAUAUUCUCUGUGUGCUGCGUUGGCAGAAACCGCGCUGAUGUACUCCCCACAAGGUCUUUUUCAAUUCCACUGGAAUGGUUUGGGUGAAAUGUCAGCAAAUUUGGCAGCUCGCUCACUCUCAUUUUAAAAACUUUAGGAUGUUGUUUUUGUCGACCAAAAAUGAAGCUAUUUUAUAUCACCAAAUCAAUGUGAUUCUGCAAACAUGAUUAAAGAAGGCGUUUCUCCAUAUUCCCAUGCAUUCUAUACAUCAUAUUUGUACCCAUUAGCUUUGUUUCAUUGUCCACAUUAUUUAGGUCAGAAAAUGAAAUUGCCUUGUCAAAGAUCUGUUCAGAAUUUCAGUACAUCUGUUGUAGACUCGGCUGCAUUCAUUGUCAUAUCUGACACAAACCUGUAUCUGUAAAUCUUCACUUCUGUCUCUGAUUGUGGAAAUCAUUUGUAGUAUCACCACUUAAGAUGCCUAAUUCUUUAAGAUUCAAUGAACAUUUGUAAAUAUGUUUGCAUAGAUGGUUUAAUGUAUACAUUUGCUUUAUACAAGGAAAUGCUGAAAGACCUCCCUGUAAAGUCCAUUUCCCCAUCAUAGGAGCAUAAACAAGAUGGCCCACCUGACGGCUUAAGCAAACAAAUGGUGUUGAUGUAAUACAAAACACAUACCAGUAUUUGGUGAACAAAUAAACACUUCAAAGUACCAUUCAAA